AUGGCCUUGCUGCUCAGCGCUUUCCCAGCUGUCUGCCUUUGGCCUUGUGAGGCUGCUGGCAGGGAGGAGGAUGGCGAGUUUCAUCUGGUGUCCUCUUUGCCAGGGUCCCACAGCCUUCGUUAUAACCUCACAGUGGUGUUCCACAACAGAUCUGUGCAAUCAAGACUUUUUGCUGAGGGGCACUUAGAUGGUCAGCCCUGCCUGCACUAUGACAGUGAGAAAGGCAAGGCUGAGCCCCAAGGACUGUGUGCAGAAACUGUCCUGGGAGCUGAGACGUGGGACACAGAGACCAAGGACUUGACAGAGAAGGGGAAGGACCUCCGAAGAACCCUGGCAGACAUCAUGGCUCUGCAGGACCAGAAAGGAGACUUUCAUUCCCUCCAGGAGAUUUGGGGCUGCGAGAUCCAAGAAGACAACCAUGCCAGGGGCUUGAGGCAUUUCUACUAUGAUGGGAAGCUCUUCCUCUCCUAUAACUCCACGACCUGUGGAUGGACAGUGCCCCAGUCCUCGGCUCAGACUGUGGCUAUGGAGAUCAAGAAGUCCUGGGACGCAGAUGGCUUUCAAAGCAAGGAUUACUGGGCCCAGGUGCAAGGAGAGCUUUGUGGAAAACUGCAGAGAUAUGUGGAAUCCUGGAUGGGCUUCAUGGAGAGAACAGCGUCAACACGUGGAUCCAGGAGAGUGAACCUCAAUCUCACCCAUUCUCUUUCCAUUCUAAAGGAAUUUGGCUUCAGGGUACAGGACAGACUUGGAGAAGGUCUGGGGUCCAUGAGAGCUUCAGCCAGAGUUGGAAAGGUGGGGAGGGGCAGCCCUGUUCUCUCCAUCUCCCUUAGGAGGGAGCAGAGCUUGGCCACCAGCUUCACUGCCUUUGUGCUUUCUUCCCCAGUGCCCCCAGCAGUGAACGUGACCUGCAGCCAGGCUGCGGAGGGCGUGGUCAACGUGACGUGCUGGGCUUUCAGGUUCUCUCCCCAGAACAUCUCAGUGACCUGGCUUCGGGAUAAGGAACCCCUGAACCAAGAUGUCCAGCAGUCUGGGGGUGUCCUGCCUGAUAGGAAUGGGACCUACCAGACCUGGGUGGCCAUAAGGAUUCCCCAAGGAGAGGAGCAGAGGUUCACGUGCUACGUGGAACACAGUGGGAACCACAGCACAUACCCUGUUCCACUCGGAAAGGCCCUGGUGCAUCAGAGUGGAUGGCCAGCCAUUCUGGGUGUCACUGUUGUUGGUGUUAUUGGUUCCAUUACUCUGUUUGCCCUUUGGUACAAGAAGAAUAAGAAGACAACAUCGGCUGCAGAGAGCCCAGGUGAGAAAUCUGGGCAGUGA